AUGAAACAUGGUGAGGACAUCAACCCACCAACGAGAAAUGGAAAUGUCUGCUCAAUGUCAAAAGAUCUUCACAACUCACACACAUCAACACCAACAUCAAGAGGUACAGACACGCUGAAAAGUUCCUUUGUCGAAUUCAAAUCGCUAGACACCAACAUUAAGCCCCUCAUCAUCUCAAAGAUUCUACACGAACAACAAAAAUUCACGGAUCCAACCAUCUCAUUGAUGCUCAAAAUGCUAAUGAUAUGUCUUUGGUCAGAGACAAUACAAUGUACUCGUGGAGCAACUGGUAUCAAAAAAAUAUAA